CCGCCAGCACCACCUCACCACACGUGACGGAGCGGCCCCGAAGGGGGCAUCCCCCUCCCCAUUCUCCCUCCCCCCGUCCCCCCCCACCCUCCGCCGCCCGGCUCCGACGCCGGGGCGGAGCUCGGGGUGCGGGGCUCGGGGCUCGGGGGGCCGGGGUGCGCCCGUGGGUGCCCGUCCGAUGCCGGGCGGCUGCGGGCCACCAUGCAGAAGAGCGUGCGGUACAACGAGGGGCACGCCCUGUACCUGUCGCUGCUGGCCCGCAAGGAGGGCACCAAGCGCGGCUACCUGAGCAAGAAGGCGGCCGAGGCCAGCCGCUGGCACGACAAGUGGUUCGCCCUGUACCAGAACGUGCUCUUCUACUUCGAGAGCGAGCAGAGCGCCCGGCCCGCCGGCAUGUACAUGCUGGAGGGAUGCAGCUGCGAGCGGGCGCCCGUCCCCAAGGGAGCCGCCGCCGGCAGCGCCAGGGAGGCGGCGCUGGACAAGCAGUAUUACUUUACUGUUCUAUUUGGCCAUGAAGGGCAGAAGCCACUGGAGCUCCGUUGUGAGGAUGAAGUUGAUGGAGAUGAAUGGGUAGAAGCUAUUCACCAAGCUAGUUAUUCAGAUAUUCUGAUUGAAAGGGAGGUACUGAUGCAGAAGUACAUUCAUCUUGUGCAAAUUGUAGAGACUGAGAAGAUUGCAGCCAAUCAACUUCGACAUCAGCUUGAAGAUCAAGAUACAGAAAUUGAAAGACUUAAAUCUGAGAUUAUAGCUCUCAAUAAAACAAAAGAAAGAAUGCGACCUUAUCAAGGCAACCAGGAAGAUGAGGAUCCAGAUAUUAAAAAAAUUAAAAAGGUUCAGAGCUUUAUGCGGGGCUGGCUAUGUAGAAGAAAAUGGAAGACUAUUGUCCAAGAUUAUAUUUGUUCUCCUCAUGCAGAAAGUAUGAGAAAAAGGAAUCAGAUAGUUUUUAACAUGGUUGAGGCUGAAUCUGAAUAUGUGCAUCAACUUUAUGUUCUUGUGAACUGUUUUCUGAGGCCCUUAAGAAUGGCUGCAAGUUCAAAGAAGCCACCUAUCAGUCACGAUGAUGUUAGUAGCAUUUUCCUCAACAGUGAAACAAUCAUGUUUCUUCAUGAAAUAUUUCACCAAGGUUUAAAAGCAAGAAUAGCUAAUUGGCCUACCUUAAUUCUAGCUGACUUAUUUGACAUUCUGCUGCCAAUGCUGAACAUAUAUCAAGAAUUUGUUCGGAAUCAUCAAUAUAGUCUACAAGUACUGGCAAACUGUAAGCAAAACAGAGAUUUUGACAAACUCUUGAAGCAAUAUGAAGCCAACCCAGCAUGUGAGGGGCGAAUGCUGGAAACUUUCCUUACUUACCCCAUGUUUCAGAUCCCUAGAUAUAUUAUAACACUGCAUGAACUUCUGGCUCACACACCACAUGAACAUGUUGAACGAAAGAGCCUUGAAUUUGCUAAAUCUAAACUGGAAGAACUUUCAAGGGUGAUGCAUGAUGAAGUGAGUGACACAGAAAACAUCCGGAAGAAUCUAGCCAUAGAAAGAACAAUAGUAGAAGGCUGUGAUAUUUUACUAGAUACUAGCCAAACUUUUAUACGCCAAGGUUCCCUUAUUCAAGUCCCUUCAGUUGAGAGGGGAAAACUUAGUAAAGUUCGUCUGGGAUCAUUAUCUUUGAAAAAAGAAGGAGAAAGGCAGUGCUUCUUAUUUACAAAGCAUUUUUUAAUUUGUACAAGAAGUUCAGGAGGAAAACUGCAUCUGCUCAAGACAGGAGGUGUUCUGUCUUUAAUAGAGUGCACACUGGUUGAGGAGACAGAUGCAACUGAUGAUGACUCAAAAAGUUCUGGACAGGUGUUUGGACACCUUGAUUUCAAGCUUGUAGUUGAACCUACGGAUGCUCCUUCCUUUACUGUUGUCCUCUUAGCCCCUUCACGUCAGGAGAAAGCUGCAUGGACAAGUGAUAUAAGUCAGUGCAUUGAUAACAUACGGUGCAAUGGUUUAAUGACCAUAGUAUUUGAAGAAAAUUCUAAAGUCACAGUGCCACAUAUGAUAAAGUCCGAUGCUCGUCUUCAUAGAGAUGACAUUGAUAUUUGCUUCAGCAAAACUCUGAAUUCCUGCAAAGUACCUCAAAUCCGUUAUGCAAGUGUUGAACGGCUUUUGGAGAGGCUAACAGACUUGCGAUUUCUAAGUAUUGAUUUCCUGAAUACUUUCCUACAUACUUACCGCAUAUUUACUGCUGCAACUGUUGUACUGGAAAAACUUUCAGACAUAUACAGACGGCCUUUCACUUCCAUUCCAGUCAGGUCUUUGGAGUUAUUUUUUGCUACCAAUCAAAAUAAUAGAGGAGAGUACCUAGCUGAUGGGAAGUCACCACAUCUCUGUCGCAAGUUUUCUUCUCCUCCUCCACUGUCACUUUCCAGAACUUCCUCACCUGUCAGAACUCGCAAAUUGUCAUUGACUUCACCACUGAAUUCGAGAAUUGGUGCCCUUGAUCUCACUACUUCAUCUGUGGCAAGCAGUCCUACCUCGACCUAUAGCCCGGCCACCUCCCCUCCGCCAACAGGUAGCAAGGUACCUCUGGACCUUAGCAAAGGGCCCUCCUCUCCUGAGCAAAGCCCUGGCUCCAUAGAGGACAGCUUGGAGAAUCCUCGCAUUGACCUCUGUAACAAGCUGAGGAGAAGCAUUCGAAGAGCAGUUCUAGAAUCUGUGUCAGUGGACAGGACUAUUCCUGAAAGCACCUCAGCAGUGGAUACUACAGAACUUUCUCCAUGUAGAUCCCCCUCAACACCACGUCAUCUCCGCUAUCGUCAAUCAGGAGUACAAACUGCUGACAACAGUCACUGUGCUGUUUCUCCUGCUUCUGCUUUUGCUAUUGCCACAGCUGCAGCAGGGCAUGGGAGUCCACCAGGACUUAACAAUUCUGAACGCAUGUGUGACAAAGAGUUCAUAAUACGCAGAGCAGCCACGAAUCGUGUCCUGAAUGUCUUGCGUCACUGGGUCUCCAAGCACUCUCAGGAUUUUGAGCUAAAUAAUGAGCUGAAAAUGAAUGUGUUAAAUCUGCUGGAAGAAGUUUUAAGAGACCCUGACCUUCUACCACAAGAAAGGAAGGCUACUGCAAAUAUACUGAGGGCUCUUUCUCAGGAUGACCAAGAUGAUAACCAUUUAAAAAUAGAGGAUAUAAUUCAAAUGUCAGAAUGCCCCAAACCAGAGUGCUUUGAGACUUUGUCAGCCAUGGAGCUUGCGGAGCAGAUAACUCUUCUAGACCACAUAGUUUUCAGAAGUAUACCCUAUGAAGAGUUUCUUGGGCAAGGCUGGAUGAAACUGGAUAAAAAUGAGAGAACACCCUAUAUUAUGAAAACUAGUCAACAUUUUAAUGAUAUGAGCAACCUUGUUGCUUCCCAAAUCAUGAAUUAUGCUGAUGUCAGCUCCCGGGCUAACUCAAUUGAAAAGUGGGUAGCAGUAGCUGACAUUUGUCGAUGUAUGCACAAUUAUAAUGGCGUAUUAGAAAUCACAUCAGCCUUGAACAGAAGUGCAAUCUACAGACUGAAGAAAACUUGGGCUAAAGUAUCCAAACAGGCAAAAGCCCUCAUGGACAAGCUUCAGAAGACUGUAUCAUCUGAAGGAAGAUUUAAAAAUCUUAGAGAAACACUCAAAAAUUGUAACCCACCUGCUGUUCCCUACCUUGGAAUGUACUUGACAGAUCUAGCAUUUAUUGAAGAAGGAACACCAAACUUCACUGAGGAAGGCCUUGUCAAUUUUUCCAAAAUGAGAAUGAUCUCGCAUAUUAUCAGGGAAAUACGCCAAUUCCAGCAGACCUCCUACCGCAUAGAACAUCAGCAGAAGGUCACUCACUAUUUACUUGACAAGACACUCAUCAUAGAUGAAGAUACUUUGUAUGAGCUUUCCCUAAAGCUUGAACCCAGACUCCCUGCCUGAAGAUCCAGCUUUGCCUCAGAGUCUACAGAAAGCUUUAGUACAAUGAAAAAAUUAUGCAUGCCAAGUCCUAAAGACAGCAAGGGAAAUAUUGAGAAGAAUGCAAGCUCUCUUUUCCAGUAAGAGAUACUGAACCUCACAGCAUUUCCCUCUCAGGCAACAAAAAUUUACUCUUGGACAUGGAAGACAAAGAUGCUUCAUAUCUGCAUUAAGUGAUUGCUACUUUGCAAAGAUAAUGUUUUGCAAUAGGGACUGUGCAUUUAAUUAAUGAGGCUUUCUUGUGAACAGGUACUCAUUGUAGCCAUCUUAAUGUGACAGAUUAAGGAGACAGAUCUAAAUGGCGGUAAUAGAACCCAGUAGAGAUAUAUGAGCAAAAGGAGAUGGUUCUGAUGUGGUCUAGGUGGAUGGCUAACUAUGUGUUUGCUGAGGCAGCAAUGGUACUGCCAUAUGGUGUCCUCAUAUGACGUUAAAUUUAUUGAAAAACAAGAUCCUAACGGUCAUCAAUGAGCCUGCAGUGACAUCAAGGUAGCAUCUAGUAUUUCUCUCCAGAUCUACAGUUCUAAAAGUUUAUUUAAUGCUACCCUUUAUAGAAUGUUACCUUCUUUAAAUGUCUUAUCAGCCUUUUCUAAGGUGACUGAUUUUACAUAUAAAUAAACUGUAAAUAUUUUUUCAUUAAUACUCAAUGAGAGUAUUUACAGCAUGAAAAGUAAAAUAACUAGAUGAAUAGUUGUACACAGUUGUCAGCCUUGCAAGCUUCAGGUGGGAAGUACAUGGUUAGGAGCUAUACCUGAGACUUGAGAAAUCUGGACAUCCAGUGAAUAGGAUGGUUAGUUGAGUUGCAACACAGUCCUGAAAAGGCACUUUAUUUUUCUGCACUUCCUGCAGUUUCCCUGACAAGACAGGCAACAGAGCACUUUCUGGACACACUGUGCGGAGAACUACGUGUCUGGUCUGGCAAUGGGUAGUGAUUAGCAAUGACCACUAGGAGUUGGAAUGAAUAUUUUGUUUUACAUGAAAUCAGUGAUUUGGAAAAUGCCUGGUUUUUGUUCAGUCAUUCAGUGCUGACUCAGCUCUAAAAUCAUUCACAUCAGUGGCAAACUUGGAAUGCCAGCAAAUACACACUAUACAUUUUCAUUUGAACUAGUGAUUAUCAUUUGCAUAUGGGCAUAUGUUUAAAGAAAAUGUGUUAAUUGUUACUGUUUCUAAGACCUAUGCUUUGUGACAUACCAGUAGAUAGAUUUAAUUUCUACAGCUAGUUGGUACUUAAAUUUUUCUGAUCAUAAGUGUCCUGUUGUAGCUGCAUGGCAAGUGAGCUCAAAUGCAUGCUGUAAAGUACACCAUAAUAUAAAAUACAGAUAUUAGCACUGUUGAAUAACUUGGCUGCAAUAGUGUCCUUACUUUUCCAACGAUAUUCAGCCGGUUGAAGAAAUAGGGCUAUAUCACUGUAUACCUCCCUUAAAUCCUCUCAGGGAGAUAGAAGUUUAAAAUAGAUUGUGACCUAGGCCUAUUUGAUCUGACAUUUUUUACCACAGUCAUGAUGCUUCUGAAAGCUGGCAAUGAAAAACAGAUCUGCCUGGCUUGUGGGUUUUGUCUUUAUUUGCACUUUAAUUAUAUUGUUAGCCCAGUCGAGAGCUGCACAAUAAAUUCCAUUCAUUCUGAGUGUAACUGCUAGCAUUUAUAAAUGUACUUUAGCAACUGUACAUUUCAUUAAGGUUCUUCACCACAAGGACUAUCUCUCUGUAAAUAACUGCAUGAAUAAACACCAUAAAUACUGGAAAAUUACUUAAUUAGAAAAGCAGACAGCAACAAAAGAGGAAAUUCCAUAAACAUUUUAAAUACUUCUGACGAACAAUUGCUGUAGAAAUGAACACAGAAAACUUAUGGAAGCUUUUUAUUAUCAAAAAUGUGCUUGUUCUUUCACUAAUGAGUGAUAACAAGCUGAUUGCAUCCCAGUGCAUGAUAUAAAAGAAAAGCAUGGUUUAUUUGGACCACAAAACCAACGUAUUGUGUAUUUUCUGUUUAAACAAACAAACAAACAAAAAAACAUGUAUUAUAUGUCAGUUUCAUAAAAGACUUCAAAGUCACGAAGAUAUGGGGGAAAAGUGGUCCAAAAAGUGAUUUCUUAACUUGAUUUUAUUGUUUCUCUGUUAACACAGAAAAUGUGUAACAACUGUCAAUGUCAAUUGGGAUCUCUGUUGUAUGCUAUUAACUGCUGCUUUAUCUUCCUGUAUCCCGCUCUACCAAACUUCCUUGAUGUGUUUAGGGUUACAGGGUAUCAUUUUACUCUGUUCAUAGUUUGUUAGUUUGUACUUUUUGUACAUAUAUCAGUUCUUCAGAGUUUAAGAGCAUUGAAUGUGUUUUAAUGCUUGCAAUACAAAGGGGUGGUGCUGUGCUAGUGCUACAGUAAUGCAAAUGGACAUAUGCUAAGAAGAUGAAGGAUUAGAGAUUUUUUUUUCAAAGGUGCUGAGCAUCCAUAUAUUUAAAUCAGUAGACAAUGUGGUAGUUCAGCUCCUCUGGAAAAGCAUAUACUAUUUAUAUGCCAAACAUUACCUCUUGGGUCAGUGGUGGACUUUAGAUUAGAAUCACUGGAGUGACUAAGUACUGGAUUUGUGUUCAGAACGACAACAACAAAAAAGGUUAUUGUCACAGCAAUGUUUGAUUUGCUGAGAAGCAAGGUAUAAAUAUUUUUUGUAUAUGGAUACAUUGUGUUCCUUAAAAUACAGGAGGUGGCUGCUCAAAGAACUGAGCAUACAUUUUGUCAUCCAUAAUCCUAGCCAGUGUUCGCAACCCUAAAUCAAAGCUGGAAAGAACUGUUUUGCAGAAAUCCUACACAGUAAGUGUAGAAAAGUGUGUUUCCCCCCCCACACUCAGGUUGUGUAAUUCAAGUGUGAGUGGCCUGAGUGCCUCUGCUACAGUACUCCUGCAGUGUUUGAGUUAUGGCAAUAGUUAGUAGACAGCACCAACCUGCUUUGCGUAAGGUUUCUCCUAGUAUAUCUACAUAACCAGCUAGUGCAGUGGUCUUCCCUUACUGUGCACGGGGAUUGUGGAGCUCCUCGCUACCAGCUUCUCUGUGCCAAUCCACCACAGCUGUAUAAUGUAGUAUAUCAAGAUACAAACCACAGUCAUCAAACAUCCACUGUUUGCCACUGGUGUUUCAGAGAGGAUGUUUCCAAGUGAGGACUUUGAUGUUUGGAUCUUGCUGUCUUUUAGGAUCUUGUCCAUCAUAGCUUUUAUGCCAUGAAAUCAGAGUGGACCUACUUUUCUGGAACUGGAGCUGAACAAGCCUGUCUGAUUCAGGAUUUGGAAGAAAGAGGAGGGCUGAAGCACCUCUCUACUUGCCUUUCUUAGCUCUUCAGCCCUGCUGCACUGGUGAGAUGCAACAGCAGUUCUUAUGUUGGAGGGGCUGCUCCCUUCAGCACUCUGGAUAAAAUAUGCCUCAGGGUGUAUGGACUGGCUGCAAAGGGGAUAGCAUAUUUCACCCACUGGUUCAGCAGUGGGCACAUUUGUCAGCAAAGUCCAGGGGAGUUCUGCAGUAUUUUUACUGCAUAAGUAGCAGCCCGAAUUCAGCCUGCAGUUAGCUGGGAACCUGGGCAGCAGCACAGGCACUUACCCUUUCAUGUGACUCCAAGCACGUGUCACACAUUGAUAGGGGUUAGAGUUGCCUUCACCCUAGCCUUCACUCCCUCCCUCUCCUGCCCCGGUAAAUUCACCAGUAUUGUUCAUGGCACUCCACAUCAGUUAGUGGAUGGAGACCAUGUAUAGUCAUCGUGUGGAAGAAAAAUAAAUCUGUUGAAUUUACAGUUGCAGUAAGUGUGUAUUCUGUCCGUUUCAGCUAGUCCUGUGACACACAAACACGUUAGCUUAAUAGCAAGAGAUUCAACCAGGACUGAUUACUCUUGUCUAAGAGUAAAAAAGAGAUCUCUGUCCUGUUUCUGCUUUCCUAGUUCGUAAUACUGGUUGUUGUUCUGUAGGGUAAAAAGGAAUUUAACUCUCUAUUUAAAGUAUUUAUUAACUUUAAUCAUGUUGAUUUUGACUUCAGGACAUGUUCGUUUUCCCAAGUUUUCCUUAAUUACCAUUAUUUAUUUUAAAGUUUUUAAAAACAAUGUUUUAUCUGUAUGGAUAUUCAGUCUUUCCUCCUUUCACUUUUAUUAACAACAUUAAACUUAGAUAUAUGAUUUUAAAUUCUCACUGAUAGAGACAUUUUUACCCAGUCAUAAUUGUUAUUCAUUAAGGGCAAAAUCCUUCAGACCUCAUUCUGAUAAUACCUUAGGCUUCACUGAGAGCUUUUCAUAAGUAAGUAUUUGGGGAUCCGGCUCUCAGCUAUUUGCCUGUUACAGUUUUUGCCUCCAAAGGUCAAAUGUCUCUUUGUAGGAUGCUUUAUGUCCAAUAUGCUACUCACCUAUGGUGGUUUCGUUGUACCUUUACUUUUGGAAAUGUCUCUGAAGUUUUGUUCUUUAGGUGAAUAGAUGUAUGUUUAUUUGACAGAUGUACCUAUAUCUAACACCUUGCUUGGUGCACAUCCAGAUGUUUUUGCAUGUAUUGUAACUUAUCUUUUAUCUGAAGUUAUUGCUUUGUAUUGUUAGUAAGGCAUAUCAGGCAGGGUGUUGUGCCUAUAUGCUAAUUAAAAAAUCUUUUUUUCC